AUGGACUUUGUAGAAGUUACUCAAUAUUCAGACAUAAUGCUUCAGGAAUUGGAAGUUUUUCCUAAACACCUUAAUAACUUCUCACAGGCCACAGAGACUGAUCCUCACAUAGACUAUGUGAACUGGAUCGAGCCACAAGUUAAUGAGAAUGAUCAGCUUACACAACUCUGGAACGUCCAGGUGCCUUAUCCUCAGGAUGGCUAUUCCCACUACAGCCAGAAUCUAGAUGGAACAGCUCCCUGCCCAACACCAUGCCUGAUACCCGAGGAGCUGUACAAUCCUGAGGGCUCUUACCCACAGUCCUAUCAGUUACUCUGCCCUGUUAGCAGUCCAUCAUUGUCCGAGGAAGAAGACUUUGCCGGCAUACCGAAUCUAGAAGUGUCAGAUAGCGACACUGAUGAAUCUCAAGUAAACUUUGAACAAGGCGUUCGUAGGAAGGUUCGGCUGUACAAGUUUCUUCUGGAACUCCUGCUGAAUGGCGACAUGCGAGAUUGCAUCUGGUGGCUGGACCGUGAGAGAGGGACCUUCCAGUUUUCAUCCAAGCACAAAGAACUGCUGGCUCAUCGAUGGGGUCAACAAAAAGGAAACCGCAAAAAAAUGACUUACCAGAAGAUGGCCCGCGCUCUGAGGAACUAUAGCAAGACUGGAGAGAUCAGGAAAGUCAAGAAGAAGCUGACGUAUCAGUUUGACAGUGUGUUCCUAGGAGACAGGAAGACAGAGGCCACCAUGCACUCACUCUCCCCCUAGCCAUCCAACAACUCCCAAGACUCCGUUCUUGCAGCUUUUUUUCUUAUCAGUAAGGUUUAAUGGGCAAUAUACUAUCAAGUAAAUUUAACUGAUUACAUCAUCAGUAACUUUAUUGAAUGGUGGUUCAAGGGGGCAUAUUCAAUAUUUAAUGGCUGGAUGGCAGGGAAGGAAAAAGAUUUUGGACAA